AUGCAGGCAAAAGUUCGAUCUGCUACGUCAAACGAUCCAUGGGGUCCUAGUGGAACUGCAAUGAACGAGAUUGCUCAAGCUACACAUGACCAACAUUAUUUUAUAGAAAUAAUGGAAAUGAUUGAUAAAAGAUUGAACGACCAUGGUAAAAAUUGGAGACAUGUUUUCAAAGCCCUUACUCUCCUAGAUUACUGCCUUCAUGUAGGGUCUAAAGAGGUUGUUACAUAUGCUAAAGAUAAUUUAUAUGUAGUAAAAACUUUACGAGAGUUUCAAUAUAUAGAUGAUGAUGGUAAAGAUCAAGGUGCUAAUG